GUCUUCUCCCCGCUCGUCCAGGUGCGGCACAACACCAAGGGCCAGGAGUACCAGCCCUCGCAGCGGAAACGCAAGCGCAAGCACGGCUUCCUUGUCCGCAAGCGGAGCGUGAACGGGCGCAAGAUGCUCGCCAGGAGGGCCGCCAAGGGCAGGCUUUUCCUGUCGCACUGA